UCCACGUCACACGCAAGGAAGCAGCGCAAUGGCCACGUCUAAACCAGAAAGUCUGUUCCAAGAAGAAUUGACUUGUCCGAUCUGUUUGCAGCUCUUUUCAGAGCCGGUCGUGCUGCCCUGUGGUCACAACUUCUGUGCUUCUUGUAUCGGGGAGGUGAUUGAAAGAGAAGCCGAGGAAGGACAGCACACCUGCCCUGAGUGCCGGAGCGAACACAAAGGGAAAGCUGCGCUGCAGAGAAACUUCAAGCUUUGCAACAUUGUGGAGGGGUUCAAAUCAAGUGAGUGCACCGCAGCUUAUCAGGUGCUGUGUGAUAUGUGCUUAGAGAACGCACUGCCUGCAGUGAAAACAUGCCUUAAAUGUGAAAUCUCACUGUGUGCUCUGCAUCUAAAACGACACGGGGAAAAGAAGACUUUUCAAAGCCAUUCUCUAGUGGACGCCACGGCAGACCUCAGUGCAAGGAAAUGCUCACUGCACGACAAACCCCUGGAGUAUUACUGUGUUGAUGACAAGUCUUGCAUCUGUGUCUCCUGCUGCAUUGAAGGUAAUCACAAGAGUCAUGAUGUAAAAAGUUUCAAAACUGCGCAUGCUGAACUGAAACUAAUACUAGAAUCGCAGCUGAAAGAAAUAACAGAGAAACUGAAUCUGUCUGAGAGCCUCCUGCGGAAGGCAAACGAGAAUGAAACUGCAGUUAAAGCUGCAAACGCUGAAAUGAAACAGAAAGCCGUGGAGCUGUUAGACAGCCUUGCUGAACUUGUUGCCAAUUACAAAGCACACGUGAUUGAAACGAUUGAAGCAGAACAGCGCCCCGUUGUGGAGAGUCUGCAGCAGAGCAUUCGCAGAGUCACAGAGCAGCAGAGUCUUCUGAAGCACACACAGCUCCAAGCUGACUCUGUCUGGGCUGAAAAGGAUGAAAUUCUGUUCAUUCAGAAGCUCCUGGCAAUCGAUUCAAAAUUAGCAGAAGCAAUAAAGGAGCCUUUAAUGGAACCAACUGCAAAGUGUUUAAACAGAAAGAAAGUCUUUGAUUAUCUGGAGAAGAAAAACACUGAGUUUCAAGCAGAUACUGCAAGAAUACAGAAAGGUCUGCAAGCAUUCAUUAACCCAUCGCAACCACUUUCAUUGGAUCCCAAUACAGUUCAUCCCAACCUGAUUCUCUCUGAUGAUUUGAAGACAGUGCGCUACACUGCUGUAAAACAACCGUACCCAAACCAUGCAGAGAGGUUUACUGGUAUAUAUUGCCAAGUUCGGUGUUCUCAGGGCUUCUCGUCAGGAGAGCAUCGCUGGGAGGUGGAAAUGGGGAAAUGUCAGUGGGGUGUGGGGGUCUGUUACAAGAGUAAUAACGACACUUCAAAUACCGCGCUAGGAUAUAAUAGUGCAUCGUGGAGUUUGCAAUGGUGGUCCAAUAUGCUUAAAGCCUACACAGUGAGCAGUAGCACUGCGCUUCAGUGUAUCACUCAACCUGUCAGAGUUGAAGUGCAUUUGAAUUACGAUGCAGGAACGCUGUCAUUUUACAAUGCAAGCGACAACCGGGUACACCUGCACACAUUUAACACGACAUUCACAGAACCAGUGUAUCCUGCAGUUUGGAUAAUCUCUCAAAAACCAACAGAUUGGAUAACUCUGAAGAGCACAUUAUACACAGAGUAACACAUUUCAGCAGCCCACAUUUCUUCCAGUGCAGUUCCCAAAUUGGUAUUUAGUGCAUGUGGUUAUUGGAGGUGUGAGGACUAUGGGGUUGUCGCUGGACUGCAGUUUAACUGCACAAGGUCCUACAGAUUAAAACAGGGUUGCUUUAGUACAGUGUUUGUGAUGUUUGCCAAGCAUUUAUAGUGCAAUAAAACCUACUGAAAUGAUAUUGUUUAUGAAGCAGCUUAUACUAAACGUCUCUAUAAAUAAACAGCA